AUGGGGAGGGGAAGGGUUGAGUUGAAGCGGAUCGAGAACAGCACCAACCGGCAGGUGACCUUUUCCAAGCGGCGAACAGGGCUACUCAAGAAGGCGCACGAGAUCUCCGUCCUCUGCGACGCCGAGGUCGGCCUCAUCGUAUUCUCCUCUAAGGGCAAGCUCUUCGAGUACUCCACAGAGUUCAGCAUGGAAAAGAUUCACGAACGUCACAAACAAUAUUGUCAUUCGGAAAAGACACUUGUAUCAACAGAACCUGAAAGCGAGGGCAACCGGUAUCAAGAAUAUGAAAAACUUAAGGCUAAGGUGGAAGCUUUAAGGGAAAGUGAAAGGCAUCUAAUGGGAGAACAACUUGAUUCCUUAAACCUUAAAGAUCUCCAGCAGCUAGAAAAUCAACUGGACAAUUCUCUGAAGCAUAUUCGGCUACGGAGGAAUCAAAUCAUGCUUGACAGUAUUGCAGAGCAUGAGAGAAAGGAAAAGGCACUGCAGGAGAAAAACAAGAACCUAGAGAAGCAGAUCAUGGAGAAGCAGAAGCCAAAGGCUCUCAUCCAACAAGAUCAUUGGGAACAAGCUCAGACAAGCACCCCCUCCCCACCAGCCUCCUUAAUGCCUGAUGCUAACCCUAGCUUAAAUAUUGGAUAUUAUGAAGGGAGGGCAACCAUGGAAGAAGGUGGGGAGACUCAGGUUAGGAUCAAUAACAGCAUGUUGCCACCAUGGAUGCUUAGCCAUUUGAAUGGGUAG